GAGCCCCCAGCCCGCGGCUCAGGAUGGAUCCGCGCUCCGUGAGCCUCGGCAUCCUCCUGCUCUGCGCCGCCGGCACCUGGGGGGGCAACAUCUGCACCACCCGUGGGGUGAACUCCUGCAAGCAGUGCCUGGCUGUCAGCCCCCUCUGUGCCUGGUGCUCUGCUGAGGUCUGGGCACAGUCGAGCCCUCGCUGUGACCUGCACGCCAACCUCCUGCACCACGGCUGCAGGCAGGAGCACAUCGAGUUCCCCAGCAGCAGCGUCACCAUCCUGGAGGCCCGGCCCCUCAGCAACAAGGGCUCGGGGGGCUCUGCCACCACCCAGAUGAGCCCCCAGAGGAUACAGCUGAACCUGCGGCCAGAUGACUCCCAGGUCUUUCAUGUCCAAGUGCGUCAAGUGGAAGAUUACCCUGUGGACAUCUACUACCUCAUGGACCUGUCUAACUCAAUGAAGGACGAUCUGAGGAACAUCCAGAACCUGGGCACAAAACUGGCCAGUGAGAUGCGUAAGCUCACCAGCAACCUACGCAUCGGCUUCGGGGCCUUUGUGGACAAACCCAUUUCCCCCUACAUGUACAUAUCUCCUCCAGAAGCCAUCAAGAACCCUUGCUAUGAGUAACGCUCUCCUCCCACAGGAUCGGGGGAAACCUGCCUGCCCAUGUUUGGGUACAAACACGUCCUGUCGCUCACGGAUGAGGUGACUCGCUUCAACGAGGAGGUGCGGAAGCAGAGUGUCUCCCGGAACCGCGAUGCUCCUGAGGGCGGCUUCGAUGCCAUCAUCCAGGCCACCGUGUGCGAUGAAAAAAUUGGCUGGAGGAAUGAUGCUUCCCAUCUGCUCGUCUUCACCACGGACGCAAAGACCCACAUCGCACUGGACGGGCGGCUGGCUGGCAUCGUGCAGCCCAAUGAUGCCCAGUGCCACAUCGACAAGGAUAAUUUCUACUCUGCCACCACUACACUGGACUAUCCCUCUCUGGGCCUGAUGACUGAGAAACUCUCACAGAAGAACAUCAACUUGAUCUUUGCUGUGACAGAUACAGUUGUUGGCCUCUACCAGAACUACAGCGAACUGAUCCCAGGCACAACCGUGGGCACCUUGUCCAGAGACUCCAGCAACGUCCUGCAGCUCAUAGUGGACUCCUAUGGGAAAAUCCGCUCCAAAGUGGAGCUGGAGGUGCGUGACCUCCCUGAAGAGCUGUCCCUGACCUUCAAUGCCACCUGCCUCAACGACGAGGUCAUCCCUGGGCUCAAGUCCUGCAUGGGGCUCAAGAUCGGGGACACGGUGAGCUUCAGCAUCGAGGCCAAAGUGCGGGGCUGCCCCCAGGAGCAGCAGAAAUCCUUCACCAUCAAACCUGUGGGCUUCAAGGACAGCCUGACGGUGGUGGUGAACUUCGACUGCGAGUGCUCCUGUGAGAGCCACGCCGAGAGCAGCAGCCCAUCGUGCAGCCACGGCAAUGGCACUCUGGAGUGCGGCGUGUGCCGCUGCAACGCCGGGCGCCUGGGCUCGCACUGCGAGUGCUCGGAGGAGGAGUACAACCCCUCCCAGCAGGACAACUGCAGCCCCCGGCCGGGCCAGCCCCUGUGCAGCCAGCGCGGCGAGUGCAUCUGCGGGCAGUGCGUGUGCCACAGCAGCGACUUCGGGAAGGUGACGGGCAAGUACUGCGAGUGCGACGACUUCUCCUGUGUUCGCUUCAAGGGCCAGAUGUGCUCGGGCCAUGGGCAGUGCAGCUGUGGGGACUGUGUGUGCAACUCAGACUGGACAGGAGACUACUGCAACUGCACCACGCGCACCGACACCUGCAUGUCCAGCAACGGGCUGGUGUGCAGCGGCCACGGCUCCUGCGUGUGCGGCCGCUGCGAGUGCACCCAGCCCGGCUCCUACGGAGACACCUGCGAGAAGUGCCCCACCUGCCCCGACGCCUGCACCAUCAAAAAGGAUUGUGUGGAAUGCAAGAAGUUUGAGCGGGGAAAGCUGGCGGAGCAGCAGUCCUGCAGCCGCAUGUGCCGUGACGAGAUUGAGACGGUGCAGGAACUGAGUGACAGGGGCAAGGAUGCUGUGAACUGCACCUAUAAGGAUGAGAAUGACUGUGUGAUGAGGUUCCAGUACUAUGAGGACUCCAGUGGCAAGUCCAUCCUCUAUGUCAUCGAGGAGCCUGACUGUCCAAAGGGGCCAGACGUCCUGGUGGUCCUGCUCUCGGUGACAGGUGCCAUCCUGCUCAUCGGCCUUGCUGCUCUGCUCAUUUGGAAGCUCCUCAUCACCAUCCAUGACCGCCGUGAGUUCGCCCAUUUCGAGGAGGAGAAGGCCAGGGCCAAGUGGGACACGACCCACAAUCCUUUAUAUAAAGAGGCCACAUCUACCUUCACCAACGUUACAUACCGUGGGAACAUGUAAGGAUGCCACAUCCAGCACUGGCCAUGGGAUCAGCUGAUGAUCCAUGGGAUCUCCUGGAACCCAGUUUACAGAAGAGCUUGUUUGUGUCUGGCUGUGUGAAUGACUGCAUGUGAUUUAACAAGUCUCUGACUGACUCCAACCCCUAUUGUGUGUCACCCCACUGUAACUGCAGGGACGUGCUUUCCACGGCAAACCUCGGUCCUUACCUCAGCAGGUUGCUCACAAGGCCACCGGCCCCCCAUACACUGAACACAGAGAAAUGGGAUGAUCUCUGUCAGUCUGUGAACUCUUUGGUGCUCAUCAGGCCAUGGGCAUUUCAGGAGCAACUGCUUGAACCACAUGCUGAGCUGUGCUCUCCUCCACAGUGUGUGCUGGUGAAGUUCUGCCCACUUGGAGUCCCCUUCUCAGCUGGCCUCGGUCUCUCUGGGCACAGGGACCUUCUCCUUUGGGACAGGGCAGCUGCCAGCAGGCAGGAGCCAUCACUGGCUUUGGGGGUUCAGGACACUGCUCGAGCAGCCCAGCAGCUCCUUUCUUCUUGCAGCCAUAUGUCACUGGUGCUGCUGUGACCCAGGGUGGUGAAAAGCUGUGCUCCGCAUAACAGUGCCCUCCCUCCAAUGCAUUCACAGCUCCCUCCAAUGCAUUCACCUGCCAAUUCUGUGUAGCACCAGCUGUGCUGGUACCAGCUGCAGCCUGGCUCAGCCCCUGGGAUGGUGCUGAGCUCCUCCUGCCUGCCUCUGCUGUCCUCAUGCCACAGUGCACAUGGAUGCGCAAGCAGCUGCUGCAGGAGGGUCAUGACACCUCUCUCCCCUUACUGUGUUUUUUGAACUGUGUAACUGCACCACCCCUGGACUUGUGUGUGCUCAGGGUUCCAGAAGAGCAGGCAGGGAUGAGGCUAUGUCCUGCUGCCUGGGCUGUGUGUUCCCGUGGAGGAAAACAAAGAGCUGUCCCAGGGGCAGUGCUGGGCUGUAACAGUGCUGCAGCCUGGUCCCUGCCCUGCCAGAGCACAUGGCUCAAUUCCCCUCAAUUGCCCCAAAAAGCAACAGUGACCUUGCUCCCAUUGUGGGGUUGGCCCCAACGGCCCCAGCAGUGUGUUGGCUGAGCUGGUGGUGGCCCUGUGUCCCUGUUCCCUGGCUGGCCUGUCCCAGCAGUG